CUUUUGGGCCACAUAGUUUGGCGCGAAAUUUCAGUACCCUUGUAUGCUAAGCCUCUGAAAUAGGUGUAAAAUUCUGAUAGCAUAGUAUUGCAUUAAAAUUUACAGUAUGUCGCAGUGAAAAAAAGGGAAAAUACAGGAAAACUUCUAUAGCCCAAUGUGAGAUGUGUGACAAUCUCUCCCUCGCCUGUACAGAUGACAAACAACUGUAUGCAGAUACCGCCUGUGCAGCCAUAUAUGGAAAGCGGAGAGGCGGCUCAAGACACAAGGCAAAGUUCACCUGCUGUAAAGAGAAAAAAAGACCUUUGCAGUAAGCAGCUCCCUCCCUGACUCCUGCUGCACCUUCUCACAGACAGAUCAACGGGCCACCAUCUAACCAAUCAACGCCAGGUUCAUUACAGAAAAAGACAACAUGUCACAAGUCAAAACCAAGGUUUCAAAAGCACUCAACAAGACCACCCCCGGCUUGCAAAUAUGGAGGAUAGAGGACAUGGCGAUGGUCCCUGUCCCUCCAAAAUCCUAUGGGAACUUCUUUGAAGGAGACAGCUACAUCCUUUUAUCAACUCACAAAACUGGCAAUAAUUUCAAAUAUGAUAUUCACUACUGGCUGGGCAAAGUCUCCUCUCAGGACGAGCAGGGAGUGGCUGCCAUCUACACCACCCAGAUAGAUGAUCACCUGGGAGGGGUGGCUGUGCAGCACCGGGAGGUGCAGGGCAGUGAGAGCGAGACCUUCAAGGGGUACUUCAAGCAAGGCAUCAUCUACAAACAGGGUGGGGUAGCCUCUGGAAUGAAGCAUGUGGAAACCAACACCUACAAUAUCAAGCGCCUACUGCAUGUCAAAGGCAAAAAGCAAGUGGUUGCAGGAGAGGUUGAGGUGAGCUGGAACAGCUUCAAUAAGGGUGACGUGUUCCUGCUUGACCUGGGGAAUGGAAUCAUUCAGUGGAACGGACCUGAAAGCAACCGCAUGGAGAGAAUCAAGGGGAUGAACCUGGCUAAGGAUAUCCGGGAUCGGGAGCGCGGCGGGCGGGCGAAGGUGGCAGUGGUGGAUGGGGAGAACGAGAGAGACUCCCCGGAGCUGAUGAAACUCCUGAAUGAAGUUCUCGGGGAGAGGAAGGACAUUAAGGCAGCCAUUGCCGAUGAGGUGGUCGAUCACAAGCUGAAAACAGCAGUCAAGCUCUUCCAUGUUUCUGAUGCAGACGGGAAUCUGGUGGUGCAGGAAGUUGCUGUGAGUCCUCUAACGCAGGACCUUCUGAAUCAUGAUGACUGCUACCUCUUAGACCAGGGUGGGAUCAAGAUCUUUGUGUGGAAAGGGAAGAAUGCCUCCAAGAAGGAGAGGUCAGAAUCCUUGGCUAGGGCAGAGGGUUAUAAAAAAGCCAAAGGCUAUCCAUCUUCCACCAAUGUGGAAACUGUAAAUGAUGGCUCAGAGUCUGCUGUCUUUAAACAGCUCUUUCAAAAGUGGACAGUGAAGGGACUAACAGUGGGCACUGGAAAUACACAUACUGUGGGAAAGAUUGCUAAAGUGGAGCAGAUCAAGUUUGAUGCAAUGUCCAUGCAUGCGAAACCAGAGGUGGCAGCGCAACAGAGGAUGGUGGAUGAUGGAACAGGCGAAGUGGAGGUAUGGAGGAUAGAGAACCUGGAGCCCGUCCCUGUGGAGAAAAAAUGGCUGGGCCAUUUCUACGGAGGGGACUGCUACCUCAUUCUAUACAAGUACCUGGUUAACAACAAAGAGAAUUACAUUCUCUACAUCUGGCAGGGUCGCAACGCCAGUCAGGACGAGAUCACUGCCUCAGCCUUCCAGGCUGUGAUACUUGAUCAGAAAUACAAUGGGCAGCCGGUUCAGGUCAGAGUACCAAUGGGCAAGGAGCCUCCUCAUCUAUUGGCUGUCUUCAGGGGAAAGAUGGUGGUUUAUGAGGGUGGUACCUCCCGGAGAGGCGCCAACGAGCCAGAGCCUGCUGUGAGGCUCUUCCAUGUCCAUGGAACCAAUGAGCACAACACUCGCUCCAUCGAGGUGCCUGCCCGCGCCUGCUCUCUCAACUCCAACGACGUCUUUGUGCUCAAAUCUGACAGCUGCUGCUACCUCUGGUAUGGGAAGGGCUGCAGUGGGGAUGAGAGAGAGAUUGCAAAAACUGUGGCUGACAUCAUCUCCAAGAGAGAGAAGCUGGUUAUUGCUGAAGGCCAAGAGCCUGCAGAUUUCUGGGUAACCUUAGGUGGAAAAUCCCAGUACGCCAACAAUAAAAGGCUUCAAGAGGAGCAGCUUGACAUCACUCCCCGUCUCUUUGAGUGCUCCAAUCAGACGGGGCGGUUUGUUGCCACAGAGAUAGCCAACUUUAAUCAGGAUGACCUGGAUGAAGAUGAUGUGAUGCUGCUUGACACUUGGGACCAGGUGUUCCUGUGGUUGGGCAAAGGGGCCAAUGAGACAGAGAGGAAGGAGGCUAUGACUACAGCACAGGAGUACUUGAGAACUCACCCAGGAGACCGAGACACUGGAACUCCCAUCAUCCUGGUCAAGCAGGGCUUCGAACCCCCUACCUUCACUGGCUGGUUCCUGGCCUGGGAUCCCCACAGGUGGAGUGAUGGGAAAUCCUAUGAGGAGUUGAAGGCGGAGCUGGGGGAUGCCAGUGCCACUGUGGAAAUCAUAGCGAACCUGACUCUGAAUAAUUCUAAAAAGGAAAACCUGGCAGUGCCACUGGGCCCCCUGCCAGUCUUCCCUGCUGAGCAGCUGGUCAACCGCCAGACCGAGGAGCUUCCUGAAGGAACAGACCCAGCCAGGAAGGAGGAGCAUCUUUCAAAUGAAGACUUUGUUGAAAUUUUCGGAAUGUCCCGUGCUUCCUUCUCUGCCCUCCCUCGCUGGAAACAGCAGAACCUGAAGAAAGAAAAGGGCCUUUUCUAGAAAAUAUGUAUAAAUAGAUAUGUUCCUCCCUCCAAGGCGAGAUGUCUUAAAAUGGACAAUAUCAUGGCAUGCUGUUAGAGAGUGCCUCUGUAGAGAAUGGGAAUAUUUCCAAUAAAAACCUUAUCAUUGGUCCCCUUUUAAAGUGAUCUUUUACCUAUUUGUUUUACAACAAUAUAGAUUUUAAAAAACUUUACUUCCUGGUACUCAGUUAGUUCCUGUGUGUUGCAGCUAAUUGCAGCCGGACCAUUGGACUUUAGACCAGAAAAUGACGUUUAAUUUGUAUUUGAAAUAUCCUGAAUUAAAGUAGAACCAACCAAGAAAGAACCAACUCAAAACAAAAAAGGGGUAACCUGUUGCAAUCAUUUAAGACCUACAAUCAUUUUAAACACAGCCAGCUGAAUACAAAACUCGGAAUCAAAUGUUCCUUUUU